AUGGCAGGAUCAGUAAAGCUUAGCAUUCUUUACUACUUUCUUCUUUCAAUAUUGAUAUUGUAUGCCCUAAAAGUGGAAUCAGACAGGCCACCUUUAUUUCAAGCACUCUAUGUAUUUGGAGACUCCAUGGUGGAUCCUGGUAACAACAAUGAUUUGCUUACUCUUGCCAAAGCCAACUUUCAUCCAUAUGGAAAAGAUUUUCUCAAUGCUACACCCACUGGCAGAUUCACAAAUGGAAAAUUAGCAACAGACAUACUCUCUCAACUAAUGGGACUUCCAGAUUUGGUGCCAGCCUACAAUGACCCUGAAUUCAAGGGACAAAAAUUACUGAGAGGUGUCAGUUUUGCCUCAGCUGCUGCAGGACUUGAAGACAGUACCUCCAAUCUAUAUAAUGUGAUUACCUUGGGAAAGCAAGUGGAAAACUUCAGGAAUUACAAAGAGCAGCUAGCAAAUAUAAUAGGCCAGGCAGAUGCCAGAAAGAUAGUUUCAGAAGCCUUGUAUGUGAUAAGCAUGGGAACAAAUGACUUUAUCCUCAAUUAUUAUUUGAAUCCUCUGAGGAGAAAACAAUACAACAUUACUCAGUGGCAAGAUCUUCUUAUAAACUCUCUUGAGAGAUUUAUACAGAAUAUAUCUAAGGAGGGUGCUACUAGACUUGCUAUUGUUGGGGUUCCUCCUUUCGGCUGUUUGCCUUCACAAAUUGCGUUGUACAAUCCAUUUGGAAACACUUGUUACAAAAAGCUAAAUAAAGUUGCAACAUCCUUCAAUUCAAAGAUGAUGAAUCUCAUUCAGAAGAUGAAUUCCAGUCUUGAAGACCUUCGGAUUGAUUAUUUCCAUCUAUAUGGAAAGUUGUAUGACAUUGUUAAAAAUCCAAGAAAAUAUGGUUUUGAAGAAAGUAGGAGGGGUUGCUGUGGUAAAGGUGGGAUUUUGACACCAACGUUGUGUUACAAAGGAAGCCCAUCAUGUUCAGAUGUGUCUAAAUAUGUGUUUUGGGAUGGUAAUCAUCCCACUUCCCGCACUUACGUUAUCAUCGCUAAUGACUUCUUACAACUCCUUGCAUGGAAUGCACAAGAUGGCGAUGCUGCUGUUCUUCUUAUUGCCAAUGACCAUAAAUUGAAUGAUACCUUGGGAAAGGAUGAAAAGAUAAUCAUCAAGCUUGACUGGAGUAAAUCCAUGCCUCGUCCUGAUAAACGUUUAGAGUACGAGUUCUGGACAAAGAGAAAUUAUGAAUCAAAUCUGGUGGAUUACACAGCAAAACAGUGA